AUGUUUCGUCCGUAUGGCGAUCCUUCAUCCAACGAGACUCUUUCAUGGGGCGCGGAACCACGGUAUCGAGGCACUUACUCGAUCUUAUCGAGUUGCAUCAUUACCAUCGGCCUUUGCGUCUGGACUGCAGUCCACCUUAAUGUUCCGGAGCAUGGCAAGGUCGUGCCACAGUUUUGGCGAAAGGUGAAGUGGUUGGCUAUUGGGCUUUUUGCGCCUGAGAUGGUGGCAUGGACUGCCUUCCAACAAAGACAUGAAGCCCAAACUAUAUGUAAUGAGCUGAGAGAUUGCGUCGCUCAGCCACCUCUUCCCUCUAUACUACAGACUGUUUGGCGUAGACUCAGAACCUCUCUCGAGUGGGCCAUGGUGUGGAAGCAAGGCACGAACCAGGAAACGACAAAUACCGAGACGCAUCAUGCCGAAGAAGGACGUCCAAGCAAACAUCACCCGUUCACCUUGAUCCAUGGCCAUUACAUUGCCAUGGGUGGACUCGCAGUCGAUACCGCAGGCGCCCGGGAUAUCUUCGUUUCCAAUUUCGCCAACCGACGAUCCUUGACAAGCAAUGGUCUCAGCCUCCUUCUUGACCACAACCCAGCGCUAUUGCCGGUCCUAUCUGAGGAAGAAAUCCAGGACAAGAGUAAAGCAAACGGCUUCGCGAAGGUGCUCGUAUGCUUGCAAGCGGCAUGGUUUUGCACUCAAACCGUCAUACGUAUCACAUCACACUUGACGAUCAGCAUACUGGAACUCAAUACUUUCGCACAUGCCCUAUGUACGCUGUUGAUAUUUAGCCUCUGGUGGGACAAACCGUUGGACGUCACAGAGCCCACCUUGAUACGAGGUGAAGCUGCGCAUCCUUUCAUUGCACUCAUUCACGUUCUCGAUGACGACGGCUUUGAAACCAAAGGCUACUGUAAAGACUACCUGAAUUCAAGUCAUUGCCGGAGGUGUCCACACAAAGUGCAAGUGAUGUGUUACGAUAUACCAUCAAACAUUCCUUUUGCAAUCGAUAGAGAUUAUCAAAGGGAGAAGGAACGAUACGAAGUUGAGGCCCCCCUACCAGGAUUCAUCCGCGCUAUUGAGCUAGAGCCUUUUCACGGGUUUGCCGCAAGAUUUGUGCGCCGUAGGUUUCCGCACAACCGUCCCAAGUUCUACCCAUUUGUCGAUGUGCAUCAAAGCUUCAUAAAAUGUUUGGAAUUGGCGCGUAGUGGUGCCAGAAGAGAUACGCCGUUGCAUCGGGGCAAGUACUUACAGGAGCGCGUAGAGAAUAUAUCCUGGCCCUUCUUAGGAAAGGGCGAGACUGGAACCUUCUUACGGCAAUCAAUUACAGGUAUCACAAUCGCUGGUUUCUUUUACGGAGGCUUGCAUCUGACAGCUUGGAACGCACCAAUGCCACACACGGCCAACUUACUGUGGAGGGCGGGGGGUGUCCUGAUAACCCUCUCUGGACCUGCCUGCUUGCCGGUGGCCUUCUAUCACUUUUGGAAAGGUCACCACGUUCGGAGAUUUGUUGACACAUGGUCUAUGAAGCUCUUGAGAUGUUCUGUCAUCUGCCACAUUCUUUUGGUCACAAUCGGCUAUGUAGCCGCACGCAUCUUCCUCGUCGUCGAAUGCUUCAUCAACGUCCGCCACCUACCCGCCUCAACCUUCGAAGUCCCUCAAUGGUCGCAGUAUUUCCCACACAUAUCUUAG